AUGCGUCAGAUCCAUGGAGUAAACAGGCCAACUCACAUCAAACAUGCCUGUGCCCAUUGUCGGAAGACGAAGUCCCGUUGUCAGGGAGACCCACCAUGCAGCGAGUGCUUACGUCGAGGGAUUCACUGUUCUCUGGACAGACAGGUUGAAGCUCUCAGUCCCCCAACAAGCGGACUGAAUAUUCCACCUUCGAGUGCAGGCCGCUCUGAGCCGAGACGUCGCUUUCUCAAUCUGUACUUUGAAAAGUUCAACCCGUACUGGCUCCUCAUCCAUCGAGGCUCGUUCGACGAGGACAUUGAGGCGCCCUUCCUUGUCCAAGCUAUGAUUGUCAUUGGUAUGUGGAUGAGCGACGAACCUAAUGCACGGUCAGCAGCGAUUGACCUCCACAACACGCUGGCCUCGGCCAUCGGUCAGCAGAGAGAAGCAUGGGAUGUUUCUGCCAAAGAGGACAUAGAUGGUGCCUCCUGGCCGAUCCCGACGUACCAGGGCAUCUUACUGCAUAUAAUCUUCGCUCUCGUGAAUGCAGGCGCGGGGAACCUCGGCAUCGACUUGAAGCCAUCUCUCUCCCGUACCAACACCGACCUUCUUAACUCGCUUGUUGGGAGUUGCAAAAGACUGGACAUGCUAUACUAUCCAAGUAUACUUGCCCGAUAUUCCCAACGCGAUUCCCGUCCAUAUAUUUGGUUGGGAAUUGAAGAAACCAAGCGAUUCAACUUGGCCCUAUACAGAGUUUACCGGGCAGCCAGCGUGGUUGGAAAGCGAGCCGACGAUGCAGACACGCAUGCAAGACUAACUGCAAGGGACUUGCGGUUCCCAUUCCCGACCCAUACACGCUUAUGGAAAACAAUGAGCAUGGCAGAAUGGGGCUCUGCUGCAGGGAGAGGGGUGUUUGAUCAUCUGUUGGAUGAUACCAUGGAGGAGAUGUGGAUCUCGAGAGCCCAUGAGGCGCUUGGUAUCGAUUGGGAACUGGAGAUCGAUUCGGAUAUACGUCUCAGCUCUAACCGAAGAAUAUGA